UGCACCAGGUGUGCCUCUGAUUGUUGAGGUAAAAGGCUACAAGCAGCUGCAGCGCUGCCUUCGAAUGUAACCCCCAAACAUUUGCGUUGACUUUUUGCGUACUUUAACUGUCUUUCAACCCAUUUGUUUUGCCUCACGUGCUUUAUGUUUUGGUCCCUACCAUGCCACUGUGAGGAAAAAUGUAUUCAACGCUCAACUUCUCAGCUUCUGCCGACUCUAACCUGCCAGGAGUCGACCCUCAGAGACUGCAGGAGCUGACUCACCGGUCCGUCAAAGUAUGCAUAAUUAUCGUUUUGGGCGCGAUGAUCACUUUGGGAAAUAUUGCAGUUCUCCUGGUUAUUACUUCCUCCGUGGCUGGUUGGUCAAGAAACUAUCGGUACUUUCUCCUCUCUCUCACUGCUGCAGACUCUGCGUUUGGACUGCUGGUCAUGCCCUUGAAUCUGUGGGUGAGUCUGCUAAAGGACUACACCCAGGGGCCAGAUGCUCUGUGUCAUAUCGUGGCCUUUUGCAAUGCCACCGUCUACUCCACCUGCAUGUACACACUGGCCACGAUAAGCCUGGAGAGGUACAUUGCAGUGUUUUACCCGCUGCAAUAUUCAUAUCUGAUGACAAGAAGAAGGACACUGCUCCUGAUUGCCUUCGCCUGGUGCUUCCCCCCCUUUCUACUUUCUCCAAUAUCAUUUCCAGAUGGCAUUAUCGAGGUUCAUUUUUCAACCGCAUCCCUGGUCUGCAAUCCGUCCUACUCCACAAAUGUUGGAUACUCCCUGAGCUUGACGUGUUUUAUAUUUUUUCCAUGCUCCAUCAUCAUGACAUACGCAAACCUGAGAGUGUGGUUUGCGGCAAAGAGACAAAGACUGAAACUGCGCAAAUACCACUGUGCGCACCGCAGGAGACACAAUGUGGCAUCCAGAGUGCUCGUGCCUGUGAUGGCAGCCUACUACACCUGUUGGACACCCUGCAUGGCAGCUAUGAUCUACAAUGCAGUCUCGGGUAGCAGCGUACCAGAGUGGAUUGAGUUUGUGGUGGUAUGGCUGCCGACCUCCAAUGGUUUCCUCAACUGCAUCUUCUACUUCUGGGUAAACCGAAGUUUCCGAAGGAAGUUCCACCUCGUCCUCCAAAGGGUGGCUCUGGCCCUCUGCCCCAAUCUGGCUGACAAGCUUGGAUGCCGCUAUUCUUCAAAGACACAGUUUGUGUCAGGAAUUCUGGACAAUAACAACAGUGUCCAUGAGCGUUCUUCCAGUGUAUCCUCCACCUGCACCCUGCUGAGUUUGGCUUAGGAUGUCUGCAUCAGCAGAGCACCACUGGCAUGGUAAGAGACAUCGUUGGGACCUCUGUAAUGUCUUGUAUUGUCCGGCUGGGCUGGUCAACUGACGUCAAAUUAUUGAUAUAUCCCCAAGUAAGGUAUCAAGGGCAUGAUGUGGGUCACAUGGGUUGCAAUGCAGACAGGUUGGCACUAAGACAGGCUAUGAUGGCAAGUAAGUUGAAAUAACCACUGUACAGUCUACCUCAUUGUUAUUUGAGUUAUUAAUCAUUGUAUAUUUUUCUUAUUUUUUUUAUUAAAAAAUAGUGUUCAGUUGAGUGGAACACAGGCUCAAUUUAUAACUUAUUUGGAUUUUUUUUUGUUUUACCCAUGCACGCAGUCCUGCUAAGAUUUGAUUUACUGUCAGACACGGCAUCUUAAACCACCUUUUAGUUGUUUUAUAGUUAAUUAUUAGCCUUGUCUGUGCCCCAGAGAUAACUACCAUUAUUUUGCGUACAGCUAUAUAACCGAUAUUUUAUUAGUGUCGGCUGUUGCGUAUUUAGACUUGUUGCUUAGGUCAACAUAUUUCACCUCAGACAUUUGAGGUUAGUCAAUUGGAUCAUCACAAGAAACUGAUAUUUAGAAAUAUGUGAACUUACAUCACUGUCCGAUUACAAACGCUUUGAAGGAUUAAAGCCAUCUAACUCUCCUUCAAUUCAAACAGUGUGUCGAAGACCUUGGCAUAUAACAGCUGGGAGAAGUUAACCUUUAAGUCACGGCAUUUCAGUGUAUGCAAGGAGAAAACUAAUUAUGCAGCUACACUGUAGAAAGGUCACCACAUUUGUGCCGGAAAGAGAUAACUUGGGUAACUUCUGAGGCUGCAGUUGUUUAUUUUGAGAUAAUGUCCAUGAUCAUCAUCAUCUCGGUAUCUUCUACCACAGUAUGGACUGAACUUGGCAAUGCCAAUGAAAUAUUUUUCAAUGAAUAGAGUUAACAGUCAUUUAGAUUUAAAGUUAAUCAGGAGUAAGAGUAUUUCCAAAAACAUUCAAAAGAAACAGAAAUUCAGAAACAUUUUAUGCAACUUAUUUUAGCCUUUGGGUGUCCCCAUCAUUCAUGUUUGUCCAAUGUGUUAAGCAGCAGAAGGUCUGUCACUAAAUUAUGCAAAAACAAUAAUCGACUUAAUAAUGACCUUUGUAUGUAUACAUUUUGUAAUGUUUCUAAAUUCCAAAUUUUAUAAAAA